UAUAUACACCAGUGCCCUCAGCGGUUUUUUGAAGUCACGUGACCGCGGCACACCACGAACAAGAUUCAAGAUGGCGGCUACCGGAGCAUUUCUCCGUGGGGCUGUUUUUCAGCCAAAAUCAUGCGGUGUAAGAAACAUGGCCACCCUGAAGGAUAUCUCCCUUAGAUUGAGGUCAGUGAAGAAUAUCCAGAAAAUCACCAAAUCAAUGAAGAUGGUGUCAGCGGCCAAAUUUGGUCGCGCUGAGAAAGAGCUGAAAUCAGCAAGAGCCUACGGAGAUGGUGCUACUGCAUUGUAUGACAAAGUGGAGAUCAAACAAGAAUCAGAGGAUCCAAAGCACUUGAUAGUCGUACUGUCUUCCGACCGUGGCCUCUGUGGUGGAAUUCACUCAGGUCUUGCUAAGGCUGUCAAAGCUAGUAUUGCUGGCAAUCCAAGCAGGAAUGUUGGCAUUGUGUCCUUUGGGGACAAAACUAAGCAGAUACUCUCAAGAACCCUUGGUAAAAACAUGCUGAUGUCUUUCAUGGAUGUCGGCAAGAAGCCUCCACUUUUCUGUGAAGCAACAUUUUUGGCUCAAGAAAUCCUGGAUGCAGGAUUCGACUUUAACACAGGAGACAUGUUCUACAAUGUAUUCAGGUCUGUAGUUUCAUUCAGGGCAAGCACCAAAUCCAUCUACUCAUUUGACAACCUCAACAAUGCAGCCUCAGACUCUAUGAGCUCAUAUGAUGAGCUUGACUCAGAAGUGAUAAGAUGCUACCAGGAGUUCAAUCUUGCUAGCAUGCUCUUCUUUGGAAUGAAGGAGCAAUCAUGCAGUGAACACAGUGCCAGAAUGACAGCCAUGGAUGCAGCAACCAAGAAUGCUGGUGAAAUGAUUGACAAGCUUACGCUGACUUAUAACCGCACCCGUCAGGCAGUCAUUACAAGGGAAUUGGUGGAGAUCAUUUCUGGUGCUGCCGCCGUCUAGGUCCUUUUAUGUAAGAAAUGCAGGUUAACCCUGUCUUUGGGUUUGUAAUGGAGUGAGAUUAAACAUGUUUUGAAUUACGAA